CUGCCCGGCGCUUUGCACAGCUGACGAUUAGGAUAAUAAUAACAUUACAGACGGAUCUGAGUGAUCGCUUACAUAGCAUGACCCUGUUCCGCGUGCAGGUUGCCUCCUUUCUGCAUGCGCAAGUGCAGCAUCCAGAAUAUGAAAGAGAGAAUACACACAGGAGACUUUUAAGUUGUAGUGUAAAAUGUGUUCGGUUUUAGACGCUAAAAUGUGCUUGUGCAGAUGAAGAGUGAAGCGGCAUGCCCUUAUAACUGAGCUCGGUGGGUGCUUCUCAAGUUGUACUGCCAAGUACUUGGGGUUGUUCUUACUUUGCUUUUCAGGAGACACUGACUCAAAUUUCACCAAUUCUGGCAAGCUGGUAUGAAGCACUGUGCCCUGUGAUACUUCCCUUGCUGGUCUCACCACUGGAGGAUGGCUGCUCUACACUCUGAAAAUUGCCCUGGUCAGUACCCGUACACGCAGGGCAACCAGCAGCUUGAGCUCAGCUGCAUGCUGCUCUUGAUUAUGUUCGGAAAAGUGUUCCUUGAUUUCUUCAUGUUGCAAGUUAAGAAAAAACCCGUGAAAGUUAGUUUUAUGGGUUACUUCUGUGUUUCAGUGGCACUUGUCGAUUUCACACUGCUGAUGAGUAUCUCUUUCAUUUUUUAUUUUGAGGACUUUGCACUCUGGGGUGUGCGAUUUACAAAGUACCACAUUUGCCUGUUCACUCAGGUGAUUUCUCUUACCUACGGUAUUCUGCAUUAUCCAGUGUAUCUUGUGGCUGGCCUGGAUUAUUACAUGACUGUAGCCCAAACUUCUCAGUUUCCUAAAAGAGGUCAAAGAUUACUUUAUAUAUUUACUGUGGUCGUUAUAUGGAUUUCAGGGUUUUUUUGUAUUCUGAAAGUUCCCGCUAUCUAUGAAGAACUAGACACUCAGAACCAUUUUUCUCCUUAUCGGUGUCCCCUCUAUGGCAGCCUGCAGAGUUACUCAGUCUCAUGUGCCAUGGUGCUGCUCACAGGCGCAGCUCUCCUGGCUUGUCGGAAGGAAGUUACAACCAUGCUGUUGUCUGUCAGGGUAGUUUCCUUUGCCAGUCAGCCUGUUCUGAUGUUCUCCUAUGUGUCCAACACCAACAGCACUUGCUUUAAGUGGCAGCUCCUGACCAGACUCCUCAUCUGUUUUCUUGGCACUUGGGCACCUUUUGUUCUUCUUCAAAUCAUCAUUUUGUUUCUCGGUGCCCGGAUUCCAGCCUACAUGGAGAUGAACGUCCCCUGGCUGUACUUCAUCAACAGCUUUCUCAUCGCAGUAGCAUACUGGUGUCGGUGUCACGAUGUCGAAUUGACAGAGGAGAUGUGGUCUACAGAUCCAUUUGUUAGCUGGAAAUUCUGCUUUAUCCCAUUUAACAAUGAAAGCACAGAGCCAGCUGAUAAGCCAGGCACAGUAAUUGUAAUCUGUUAAUGAGCUGCUGACUGAAAAGACUGCAAAUAAGUGCUGUGCAAUAGAAGCGUGUCCUUACAGAUAAUACAGGAAACAUCUCCAGAGCCACAAUCAAUGGAGAAAAGUCCAGCAUCCACCAACGUCGCACCAGAGACUGGGACACACUUGGUUCCAGUGGGCAGUGAGCAGCUGCCAGUUCAAAGGAUUUGACUUGAAUGUACGGGUGUAAGGAGACCACUACUUGUGUGGAACAAGUUUUCAGUUAAGCUUCGUGUUUAUGAGUAGGAUUUCACACUUCCUUUAAAUGGAAUGAGCUCAGGUUUUGUAGUACAAAACGGAAUAAAGCCUUCUUCAGAGCUGGGGACCUUAUAUGUUAUGUCCCCAUGUUAACCUACUGUCAAAGCUUCAAACAACUUCUGUGACUUUCGAAGCAUAUUUUCUUGUUAAAGUGUGACUUUUUGUCAGUUUGAUUGAAGGGCUGUUCUCUGUUUAAAUAGAAAUAAAUUGUUUCAGUUAACGUAAAGCAACUUCCACAGCUAUAGGAAAGGUGAUGUUUUGUUGUUUCUUUGCUAUGCCUAUACAUAAAUACAUGCCCAAGGUUAAAGAAUGUUAAAAAUUACUUUAAAAUAGUUAAAUUUGAAGUGGGACUACUUCAGUAGGGGAAGAAUUAGUCAGGCUUCUAGCAAAAAUACUGUUAAUUUUCAAAUUCUUCAGUUCUAUGAAGGUCUGAUUUAAUUUUGUAGAAGAGAAAUAAGUGAUACAAAACCAAAGCAGACAAAUGGAAGUAGCAUUUAUUUCUGAAGCACUGAACUCACAUUACAAUGUUGUAUUGAAAUAGAAACUGUAAGUAACUGAUGCUGCAGGUUGGUUAAUCCUUCACCCAGACCCACGGGGAACAAUGGUAUCACACAAGAAUACUCAUUAAGAAAAAUCUGCAGGUAACAAAAGGUGCAAUUACAAGCAAGUUCAAGCAGCAUAGUAUAAGGUGCUUUGUUUCAACAUCUGUAUGAUGGAUUUACCCAUUAACAGGCAGAUUAAAGAAAUUUUACUUCUACAGGAUCAUGACAAAGGAGAGAAUCUAAAAUUCAUUCACAUGCCAGUUGGUAAUAGGAAAGUGCUUUUUUUACAAAAAGAAGAUUCCCAAAGUGAAGAUCCUAUUUUUACAUAGUUCACCAUGUGCUCUUCAACUGUAAAAUUUCAUUUUGGGGUUAUAAUGUACAUUACUAUGUAUCAAUUAUAGACGUAAGAUUUAAUUGUAGAAUUUAAUGCUCCAUGGGCUAAAAUUUCCUAUAAAAGAAUAUUCCAGUAUAUCACUCCAUAAGAAUACACAAUCACAUCUCAGUCAUAUAUUAAUCUUACAGUUUUGCAAUAUAUCAAAGUCCAGUUGCCAUUCUGAUUUAUUACUUCACACUACAUAGCGCUUCUUUCACCCACAGUCUGUGGUAAAUGUCUCUGAGGUUUCAGUGAUGUAACUUUCAGCAGUAGAAAAUGGUUUGGGGAAAAUCUGUUAAAAAGGCCAUAGAAAGGACAGUAAAUGAUCAAAACCUGGAUUUUAAAACAAGUGCAAUAAGAGGAGGCGAUGCUUAGCAACAUAGUUCGGAGUGUUUGGCACCACAACUAUUUUCAUCCUUUAUGCUGGAAAAUGUAUUUGGAGGAAAUUCUAUGUUAAAAGCAGGAAAGCAUCGACAAUGUUAACGUGAAAAAGCAACUUUAAGCAACCGUUCGCUGUUCUCUCAAAUUGCAAUUCCUGUUAUUUAGCACUUGAGAUGCUAUAGGAUAAGCCAUGUCUAAACACAUUUUUUUGACACAGCAUUUCUUCAGGUUUUAUAUGAACUGGACACCCACUGAAAUGGGGUUGGCAAUAUUUACAAAACCGAGUUCCAUUUAAAAACUGGGAAAUACCUCAAAUACAGCAAUGCACCAGGCAUUGCAGGUCAUGAAAUAACUAAUCCCUACAGACUUGGCAGGGAAGGGAAAGCUCCUAAUUUAAAAUUCAUUUAACACCAGAUGAAGGCAAAGUUAUUUUCAAGAAGAUUUCAGAUGCUUCUGCUUUGCGUGGUUGGUCUCACCCUUCUGAUUCAUUAAGGUCUGUGGGUGAUGCACUUCUUGCAGUUCCAGUUGGGUAAGGCUGCUGACAUACUUUAUUAUCAGGGUGGUCCAGCUUAUCAUCCCCUAAUUAAAGUUUACACAACCCCAUCUAUCUUACUGCGGCAGAACUCCCGUAGCUGCUGCAGUGCUCUCAAGCCAUUUUAAAAUCUUCGCUUUUACAGGGAAGCCACCACAUGCAGCCAAAGCAAAUAUUAACAUAUUGAUGUUAUGGCACUAUGUCACUAUCAAAUCCAUCCUUCCAUACCGUUAUGGAAGAAGUGCCAAAGAGCAUCAACCUUUAGGUAGGCUGUAGUGGCACUACAGGUCCUCACAUAGCAUCCAACUGUGGUGCCUAAGCCUCCUAAGUAGCUAUUUCAAAAUAUAUUAAUAGCACCUCUCCUUGUAAGCCCACUUUUAUCCUUGACUUUUUACAGAGGGAGAUCCCUCCCUCCAAAUAACUCUUUUCUUUCCUCCAUGCAUUUUCUUUUUUCUGUUUCUGGGAAGUCCUAAGAGUGAACCCAAAGUGCAGCCAUACAACCAUAAACCAUUACUCUCUGCAACAGGAUCUCAGUUUCACUGCCAGACAGAAAGAGGAGAGAAGCCAUGCUAGGAAAUAACUACAGACAACCACUGUGCUAUCUCCUCUGUACAUUACUUCUUAUGCUGCGCCAGCAUCUAACGGCCUUGUAAGAUUCAAAUACUUUAGUCUUAAUUCUUACAGGAUUAUUUGAUAUUAAUGGCAACAGCAGCCAAAGUGUUAACCCUUUGUGAGGAACUUCUGUACUUUCCUCUUAUGAAGAAUGCCUUAACAAAAACCACAAAAACCAAAAAACCACAAAACAUUGAUUUUAAUGAGAUACUCUAUGUCUUUUCAACUCUAAAUAGAAGUAUUUGGCACUCAUUAAUAAAUCCUUUCAUUCUUUACACACAUCUUUCCUGAUCAGUACUGGUUUGUUAACACUGUAACACAAAGACUACUUAAAAAAGAAGUUGGGUGUGCAUAAUACCUCAUUGUUCUUUCAAACAUCCAACUUUGCAAAAAGCUGCCAGAAGACAGCAGCAUCCUGGCUGCCAGCACACUGCCCAGGUGGCUGAGGACGACGCACGAGUCUGCCCACGGGUUGACCAGACUUCACCCACAAAGUAGAUACGCCUCAUGAAUCAGUUAUAUUUGUGCUUCUAGCCUCAUCCCAUAAUCAGCAAGGAUACCUGCUUUGGUACCUACAAACAAUACUGUCAGCCUUUUGACAACCCUACGGAACAAUACAGUGCUUUUUACACUCAAUUAAAAUGCUCUAAGUGUUAUGUGUUGCACUUUAAAGAUAUUUAUCAUCACUAUGGAUGUACAGUUCUGCGCAAAUGAUAAUUCUUUCUAAAUGGAAAAAAAUCUCUUUAGAUCUCCUUUUUCUAGCUCCUUACUGUGCACAGUAAUUUGGGAUAAUUCAGCAGGAAGCUUUAAGAUUUUUUAACUUGAAAUCUGUUCGUAACACUGACUCCUGGAAUUGUGCUUUGGAAAAGCUAGAUCAAUGGUUACAAAAGGUAGACUGUGAGCUUACUACAUACCUCCAAUUACAAGCAUAUUCACAAGCAUAUCUUGGAAUUUUGGUGGGGUUUUUUCCCUCCCUUUUCCUUCCACAUAGCUGUAAGAGAUCAGUAAAUAAAAUACACAACCUUCAAGUGAAUGAGCGGGUGUGUGGAAGUUCCAACGCAGAGGUUACACAAACCUAUAGAGUGGCUUUAGGAUGGGGUCUU